UCAUACGUCAUUUGAUGAAAGAAUGGUGUAAUGGCAAUCGAGUUGUUUUUUUAAAAACGGUGUUAAUCAACAAAAAGUUUUUUUGUAAAUCCCAUAAUUAGUAAAAAAAGUAAUUACGAUGGGUCUCACCAUAUCAAGUGUUUUGACCCGGCUUUUCGGUAAAAAACAAAUGCGUAUAUUGAUGGUGGGUCUUGACGCGGCUGGGAAAACAACAAUUUUAUACAAAUUAAAGUUGGGCGAGAUUGUCACUACAAUCCCAACAAUCGGAUUUAACGUAGAAACAGUAGAGUACAAAAAUAUUUGCUUUACGGUGUGGGACGUUGGUGGCCAAAGUAAGAUUCGGAAAUUGUGGCGUCAUUAUUUUCAGAAUACUCAAGGAUUGAUUUUUGUCGUGGAUUCCAACGACCGCGAACGAAUCGGAGAGGCAGAAACCGAGCUUCAAAACAUGCUGAUGGAAGAUGAAUUGAGAGACGCUGUUUUGCUUGUAUUUGCCAAUAAACAAGAUCUACCUAAUGCUAUGACAGCAGCAGAAUUGACCGACAAAUUGAAUCUAAAUCAACUGCAUAAUCGUCGCUGGUACAUUCAAGCAACUUGUGCAACCCAAGGCGAUGGCUUGUAUGAAGGUUUGGACUGGUUGUCAAAUGAAUUGGCCAGUAAAUAGUUGAUCACUUUCGUCUAGCUAGCAUUUAUAAUUAAAUUUAAGUUUCUAUUAAUAUAUAUUUUCUAAUUAGUUUUUCCUGUUUGUGAUUUAUAUAAUAAGUGACUGAAAAAUAAAAAUUAUUCGUAAAAAACUCGCAUUGAU